AUGGUGUUAAAAGGAUGGCGUCUCAUUUUGAACAGAGUUAUCUUCAUACCCCAAAGAUACGUAUUGGGAAUAAUGGGACUAUUUGCACUCGCAAACUCUUUUACUAUGAGGGUGUGCCUUUCCAUGACAAUUACUCAAAUGGUCCUUCACUCCGAAUCAUCAGAACACAUCGUAGGAGAGACUUGUCCCGAUCCGCAAUAUGUUGGAAUGAUGAAUAAUACAAUCAUUGAAAGUACAACCACGUCAACUCUGCUGGAGCGUCGUGAGAAGUACGACUGGAAUGAAGCAACGCAAGGCUUACUCCUCAGCGCCUUUUACUAUGGGUACGUGUUAACACACCUGCCGGGAGGUCUUCUAGCUGAAAAAUUUGGAGGAAAAUGGACGUUAGGCAUUGGAUUACUAAGCACUUCUAUAGCUACUGCACUCACACCUUUAGCUGUAAGUUUAGGCGGGGCAGUUGGCUUAUUCAUCAUCAGAGUUAUUGAAGGAAUGGGUGAGGGUCCUGUUACUCCAGCAUUUGUGUUACUCUUAGCAAGAUGGGUACCGCCAUCAGAAAGAUCAAGAUUUGGUGCAAUGAUAUUUGGUGGUGCGCAAAUAGGAAACAUUUUCGGACCAUAUUUGUCGGGACAUUUGUUGGCGAAUAAUGGAGAUUGGGCGAAUGUCUUUUAUUUAUUUGGUGGACUUGGAGUAAUUUGGUUUAUAUUUUGGGUUUUACUUUGUUAUAGCACACCAAAUACUCAUCCAUUCAUAUCAGAGGAGGAGAAAUUGUAUUUGAAUAAUAAUAUUGCAGCUUCAGGACUACAUAAGAAAUUGGAUCCAGUACCCUUUAAAGCUAUACUAAGAUCCCCUCAACUAUGGGUUUUAGUUUUGGCUGCUGUCGGUCAUGAUUGGGGCUACUUUACAAUGAUUACUGAUUUACCGAAAUACUUUUCUGAUGUCUUAAAGUUCAACAUCCAGGAAACUGGGCUAAUGUCGGCCCUACCGUACAUCGCUAUGUACGUGUUUUCGUUUAUUUUUGCAUCUCUUUGCGAUUUAUGCAUUAAGAAGAAAUGGCACAGUAUCACUACAGGAAGAAAAAUUUAUACAACAAUUUCGUCUACCUUGCCGGCAGUUUUUGUAAUUCUGGCCUCGUAUUCGGGCUGCAACCGCGUGGAGGCUGUUGCCCUCUUCAUAGCGUCGAUGGCUUUCAUGGCGGGUUUUUAUAGCAGCGUUAAAAUCAACGCUAUGGAUAUAGCCCCGAACUACGCGGGCACAUGUUCGGCCUUUGUGAAUGGAUUGGCUGCCAUAUCGGGUAUUAUCACGCCAUAUUUGGUUGGACUAUUGACGCCUGAUCAAACAAUAAGUCAAUGGCGUAUUGCAUUUUGGACAGUAUUUGUAGUGAUGGUAGGCACAAAUCUGGUUUACUUGAUUUGGGGAUCUGGCGAGCAGCAAUGGUGGGAUGACGUUGACAAGUAUGGCUACCCAAAAGGAUGGAAACAUGGACUGUUGAAAAAGCGAAGACCAGAUUUGGAGAAGAAAGUGGUUUAUCCGAAACAUGACCAUUCACCUAUAGCUCACGAUUAA